UGGUUUUCGGGGUUCGUUUCCUUGGCUCCUCUCCCCGCAGGAGUCCAUGGUGAGUUUUCCUGCAGAUGGAAAAGGGGGGCCCUGGCGCCCCCUUAUGCCGACCCGUGAAUGCCUCCUGUGCUUGGUCUCAUAGACAGGAGGUCCCCCAAAGUGUAGACACACUUCGAGUAACCAUAGAGGCAGCGUUUAGUAAGGUGCGUUUCAUUUUAUUUUUAAAAAUAUAUAUUUUUAUUGAUUCCGGAGAGGAAGGGAGAGGGGAAAGGCAAUACACACAUCAGGGAUGAGAGAGAGUCAUGGACCGGCUGCCUCCUGCACACACACACCAUCGAGCCUGCAACCCGGGCCUGUGCCCUUGACUGGAAUCGAACCCGGGACCCUUCAGUCCGCAGGGCGAUGCUCUACCCACUGAGCCACACCAGCUAGGAGAUGGCAGGAGCCAUGCGAUGGGCUUGUACAGCUGAGGUCUGGCAGCCACUGACGCCAAACAUGCAGGCACUGGCCUCAGCGGAUUUCUCUGCAGCGUCAUAGAGACGGGGGAUAAGGCCCUUCAGAGCCUGCAACACGAGACUGAAAAUGACAGCUCAGAGUAUUCCUGAGGAAGCGCUACCGUGUGACGUGGAAAUGGAAGGAUUUACAAGGAAGGACCCCCAUGUCACCAUCCCAGGUGACAGGUGGGACUCUAAGAACUGGGAGGGACACCUGAGACAAUUAGCUUUACCUAGGGAAAAGCCUGGGGCUCAGGAAGCAAUUGGUGAGUAUCCUGGACUUGGGAGGCCUUUGGGUGCCAGCUCUGACCUUCCAACAUCUCGGAGGAUUCCUGCCACACAUGGUUUCCGUGUACAUGACUCAGAGGGUAUACGUGUGGAUUGUGACCCAGUUUUACGUGGUUCUCAAAGAAGUUGUGUAGCUACAAGAACUGGUGACAGUGUUGCCUGUGAGGAAGCCUUCUGCCAUUCCAUGGAAGUGAUUCAACCACUGGGAAGAAAUCCAAUGAGAGAGAACCUCUAUAAAUACCCUGAAAGUGUUGAGUCUUUCAGCCAUUUUAGCCCUCUUGGUGAACAACAGAUAACAAAACGAGGGAAGAAGCUAUAUGAAGGCCAGGACUUUGGGGCCAUCUUUACCUUGACUUCAUCUCUUAAUGAAAGCAGGAGAAGCCACCCUGGGGAGAAGCUGUAUAAAUGUACGGAAUGUGGCAAGUGCUUCAAACGGAACUCUUCUCUAAUUUUGCAUCACCGUACUCACACUGGAGAGAAACCUUAUACGUGCAACGAGUGUGGAAAAUCCUUCUCCAAGAACUAUAAUUUGAUUGUGCAUCAAAGAAUCCACACAGGAGAGAAGCCCUACAAAUGCAGUAAGUGUGGGAAAGCCUUCAGCGAUGGGUCAGCUCUGACACAACACCAGAGAAUUCACACCGGGGAGAAACCUUACCAAUGCCUGGAAUGUGGAAAGACCUUCAACCGAAACUCAUCCCUGAUUUUGCAUCAAAGAACUCACACGGGGGAAAAACCAUACCGAUGUAACGAGUGCGGGAAGCCUUUCACAGACAUCUCCCACCUCACCGUGCAUCUCAGGAUCCACACUGGGGAGAAGCCCUAUGAAUGCAGCAAGUGUGGGAAGGCUUUCCGGGACGGCUCGUACCUCACUCAGCACGAGAGGACUCACACCGGAGAGAAGCCCUUUGAGUGUGUGGAGUGUGGGAAGUCCUUCAACCGUAACUCUCACCUCGUCGUGCAUCAGAAAAUCCAUUCUGGGGAGAAGCCCUACGCGUGUAAAGAGUGUGGGAAGACGUUCAUCGAGAGCGCUUACCUCAUCCGGCACCAGAGAAUUCACACUGGCGAGAAGCCCUAUGGCUGCGACCAGUGUCAGAAGCUUUUCAGGAACAUCGCUGGCCUCAUCCGGCACCAGAGGACUCAUACUGGGGAGAAGCCCUACGAGUGUAGUCGGUGCGGCAAAGCCUUCAGGGACAGCUCCUGCCUGACCAAGCACCAGAGAAUUCACACCAAGGAGGCCCCGUACCAGUGUCCAGAGUGUGGGAAGUCCUUCAAACAGAACUCCCACCUUGCAGUACAUCAGAGACUCCACAGCAGGGAGGGUCCCGGCCAGUGUCCCCAGUGUGGGAAAAUGUUCAGAAGGAGCUCAGCCCUGGUCCGACAUCAGAGGACACACCCUGGAGAGCAGCCCAUGGAAGCAUAAUGGAUGUGGGCACGCUCGUUUCCUGAGUGCCCUUGAAAACCUGUGUGAGCAAGGGGUGUCUUCAAGGGUGACUUCUCCCAGUCAGUACAAAAUAAUUUUUUUUAAUUUGAGUGAUGAAAUCUGUGUGUGUGUGUGUGUGUGUGUGUGUUUUUAAUUUAUUGAUUUUUUUUGAGAGCGAGACACUGAUUUGUUGUUCCCCUUAGGCAUUCAUUGCUUGAUUCUUGUUAUGUGCCCCGAACAGGAAUUGAACCCGCAACCUUGGUGUAUUGGGAUGACACUCUAACCAACUGAACUACCUGGCCAGGCCCGAGAAUUUGUUUAUUUUUUUUUUUAAGGGAUAAGUAAGUCACCUGCAAUGCUCCCCCCCCCCCCUCGGGAUAAUCAUCAUUAGUAUUCUGGCGGCCUUCCUUUCCCCCAUCUCCUUACAUGUACAGAAUUUUGCAUGUAUGGGGUCCCAUCACACAUGUGGCUUUUAAGUAUAGAAACUUAUUUUUAAGUGUUUCUCUUCCAUAUCCAGUAAAUGGAAUGUGAGGCAUUCCUUGCCCAUAUUGUUAAGUUGAUAGAUUACGAACUCCUGGAGGGAACCCAGGAGGGCGGUACACGUGGCAAAGGCCUCGGGGAUGAUCACCCCACCCUGUACGGAACAUGAAUACGCUGACACUGGAAUAACACCUUUGGGAGACACCCAGCUGCCCCUGCGUGAGAGUGCGUGGACUGGAGAGAACCUGUGAAUGUGUUCAGUGACUAAUCAUUCUGACGAAUCCUUGAAAUCAGGAGUGUCUGCCUGUUCUACGUAAGCAAACCCUUAGCAGAAUCCAGUGUGAUCAGUGAGAGCAGCUUUCAGCAGGAGCUGUACUGACUCGUCUGGAUCAGCAGUGAUGUCCCGGGGAGAGGCCCCCACGAUGGUCCACACCACAGCAGACACAGAACUCAAGGAGGUUGCUGUUUGGAUGUAUCCCCGCCUGCCGGGUGCUGAGGACUCGUUUCAGAAGAGGCACUUGGAGGAGGAUGUUGCUUGAGAACGAACAGUGACAUUAUCUUCCCUAACCAUUUGUACACUGUAGCCGUCUAUAGAUGCAAGCGGCGGACCUUUUCUAAUUAGAUUGAAGCUAUUGUGGCCGUUAACUGGUGAAGGGAAGACGGAGCACAGGGAACGGGCUGCAGGCUGCUGUAGGAAUGAGGCACCACUUUAGUCGUUGAACCAGAAUGACUGAGCUGGUAUGUUUACCUUUUAUUGUCCACUUAGGACACUUCUGACGUGUUCGAUCCUGAACCAUAAUUAUGAAGGUUUUGUGGCCAUAUUGAAAUGUUACAGUGGGGCAGGCAACAACAGAAAAUGGCAUAAAGUAGAAGAUUUGCCAUGUGAAGGUGUGUUUACGUGUGGAUGUUGUUCGUGGAGAAAUAAAUGUGGUUUUCUUAGGGAA